GCUGUUGAACUAAAUCAACAGACUGUACAGUCACCAUCUAGCUAACUAGGGCAAUCGCAGUGCCUCGGUAAUGAGAGCUGUUCUGUGUCCCCCGCGCUCGGUGCUUCUGGAAACAGGGCAUUUGGCUUCGGCUCUUGAAGCCUCUAGAAAAGUUUGCCUCUCCUUGGCCGCUCUCUUUUCAAAGAAUAUUGUAAUGAUCCUCGUCGCACGAGCUCUGCUGCUCUGUGGCAGGGAAGCCCUUGUGCAUUAGCCAGCACAGAGAAACCCUUUGCAGUCUGAUUUCCUUGAAGAACGAGCGCUGCUGAGUUCAAAUUGCCGCAGAAGCGAAAGGACAGAGGAAUCAAAAUGCCCCGGCAGCUGGGGAGGGGCCCCAGCGCCUUCAUCCCGGUGGAAGAGAUCCUGCGGGAAGGCGUGGAGUCCAGCCGGCGGCAGCUCUUCAUCGACGCCUUCGUCUCGGCGGGCAAGGUGGACAACAUCGCCAUGGUCAUGGGGCUGCACCCCCAGUAUCUCAGCAGCUUCUGGAAGACCCAGUACCUCCUGCUGCGCAUGGACGGGCCCCUGCCCUACCACAAGCGCCACUACAUCGCCAUCAUGGCAGCAGCCCGGCACCAGUGCUCCUACCUGGUGGGUUUGCACAUGGGGGAGUUCCUGCAGGUGGGGGGCAACCCCGCGUGGCUGCAGGGGCUGCACUGCGCCCCCCCAAAGCUGAGGAGCCUCAACGAGAUCAACAAGCUGCUGGCGCACCGGCCCUGGCUCAUCACCAAGGAGCACAUCGAGGCUCUGCUGAAGACGGGGGAGAACAGCUGGUCCCUGGCGGAGCUGGUGCAGGCGCUGGUGCUCCUCACCCACUACCACUCGCUCGCCUCCUUCGUCUUCGGCUGCGGCAUCAACCCCGAGGCGGAGCAGGACGGCGGGCCCGGCUGCCGGCCCCCCUCGCCCCAUGGCGACAGCAGCCCGGCCUCCGACGACGGCGUGGGGGGCUCUGGGGGUAAAGAUGCCAUGCGGGAGGUGGAAGUGCUGAUGGAGAGGAUGCAGCUGCUGCGAGAAAGCCAGCUGGAGGAGGAGGGGGUCACGCAGGAGGAGAUGGCGACGCGCUUCGAGCUGGAGAAGACGGAGAGCUUGCUGGUCGCUCCCUCGGAUAUCGCGGCUCCAACGUCCCUGCAGUCCAACGUCCUGUGCUUCGUGGAGGACCCCGAGUUUGGCUACAAGGACUUCACGCGCCGGGGCGAGCAGGCACCCCCCACCUUCCGCGCGCAGGAUUACACCUGGGAAGACCAUGGCUACUCCCUGAUCAACCGCCUCUACCCUGAUGUGGGGCAGCUCCUGGACGAGAAGUUCCAGGUGGUCUACAACCUGACGUACAACACCAUCGCCAUGCACUGCGGAGUGGACACCUCCAUGCUCCGCAGGGCCAUCUGGAACUACGUCCACUGCGUCUUCGGGAUCCGCUAUGACGACUAUGACUACGGGGAGGUCAACCAGCUCUUGGAGCGCAGCCUGAAAGUCUACAUCAAGACGGUGGCCUGCUACCCGGAGAAGACGACCAAACGCAUGUACACGCAGUUCUGGAGACACUUCAAGCACUCGGAGAAGGUGCACGUCAACCUGCUGCUGCUGGAGGCUCGGAUGCAGGCGGCUCUGCUGUACGCCCUGCGCGCCGUCACCCGCUACAUGACCUGACAGGUCUUCGCUCCCUCCUUCUCCUCCUGCCCCGGGUGUGGGGGGCAGGCGAGGGGGGAGCCGGCACCUUAAAGACUUCACUGGAAUAUUGUCUCCUGCCUUAAGGGGCCUGGAGCUGUGGAAGGAAAGGGGGGGACUUCUCCUCCCCGUGCCCCUUAUCCCGGGAGAGGGGACCCCCAAGGAGCUGUGAAGAGCCCGGCCGUGCCCGGUGCAUCCCGCCGGGCAGCUCCAGUCCCUCGCCGCUCCGGGGCUGGGCGGCCGUGGGGAUGCUUGGCCGCUCCGUGCCUUUCUCGCGGUGACCCGGCACGAAGCCGAACCGAGGCGCCGGUGCCACCCGCCACCUCGGCUCCUCGGAGCCCCCGCCGGGCUCGUGCAAUGAUGUUACCCCUCGGAGCCGUGUCCCGGCAGCGAGGCCGCGGCCACGGAGGACUGUCCUCGUACCAAAGAUCCCUGGAGGGAAUCGCCGGCUUUCCCAGGCCGGGCUUCGCCCUCCUGCCCUGCUCCUCGGGGGCUCUUGGACUCGCUGCUCCGGAGGACUUGAGACGUGGGAGCAUCUCGCCCGCCUCCGAGGCGGGUGGCUGCACUCCAGCGCUCUGCCCCGCGUCCCCGAGCAGCCGGCGCGGGAGGGAUCAGGCCGUCCCGGCUCCCGCUGGGCAGCAAGAGGUCGGAGCCGGGAGUCCCUCCGCCCUGGGUGCACCUCCCGCUGCCCAUCCCUGUGCCGGGAUGUCCACGUUUCCCUGCUGCCGGGGCAUCCCGGCCCCUCGCUGCUCCUCCCCGGACACGGGGCUGGUGCUGGAGCAGGGGUCGGGCUGUGGGCAGCAUCCCGCCUGGCCGAGCCCCUGCAAUUCGGGACUCGCAAAGUGCCUCCUAGAGCAGGGCCCGGGGCAGAAGCGAGGGGGAGGUAGGAGCACCGGGGCUGUUUCACGCUGCCUUCGCACCCCCGUGGCAGCCAGCACCCCGUUUCUGGGGGGCUCCGUCCCUCAGAGCCCCCGGGGAGCUGCUGCUCGUGGUUUGCUGGCUCCUCGGCUCACCCGGGAACCUGAGCGACGAUGUGAAACCGAAGAAACCUUGGAUAAACCUGUUUUUCCCUCCUGCUCUCUGCAUGCUGCUGGGGAAGAGCCUUGCUCCCUCCCCAUGGCCUCCGUUUCGCUCCCACCCGUGCCCUCCCUGGGGGAAACCCCGGGCAGGAAACCUUCACCAGGGGAUUUUUCUUGGAAAGGGGCUGGUUUUAGGUGUGAAGCCGAGUGGGUCCCUGCCCCGCCGGGAGGGUGAUGCGCUGCUGCAGGGGAAGGGCGCGGAGUGGCUGCGGCUUCAUCCCGAUGUGCCAGAGUAUUUUGCGCCGGCGCGGGUCGCUGGGAAGUGCCUGUUUCGGAGAGCCCCCGCUCCCGGCUCUCCCAGGAGCCCGGGGAGCCGGCAGCAUCGCCCGCUGCUGUAUGGCUGUUGGUUUGUCUCUGCUGAACUGUAGCUCCAGUUAAGUUAUUUCUAUUUUUUCGGGUGUAUUUACUCCUGACUGGGCAUGGAAAUGCCGCUGUGACUUUGCUACACAUCCUGUUUGAAAAAAUAAAGUCUUUUUUUUUUUUUUUCCAAA